AGGUGGAUUUGAUAUUAUCAACUGGGUGACUUUCCCAAAUAAGUCCUUCUUAAGAGUGAAAGUUGGGAAGAUGGAUCCCCAAGCACCACUGGGCAGUGAUUUCUCCAUUGAUGAGAAGAUCAUUACAUGGCACCAGAGUUUUAACCAGGUGGUGCCCCUUGCCUUGUGCAAUGACCACUGCCAUCCAGGUUACAGCAGACAAAGGAAAGAUGGAGAACCUUUUUGCUGCUAUGAUUGUACUCCAUGUCCAGAAGGGAAGAUUUCAUACCAGACAGAUAUGGAUGACUGCUUCCAGUGCCAAGAAGAUCAGUAUCCUAACCAGGAGAGAAACCAGUGCAUCAGCAAGAAAGAAAACUUCUUAUCUUAUGAAGCACCUUUAGGCAUCAGUUUGGCUCUUUUGGCUCUGGCUUUUUCUGCAACUACAGCAUUGGUGUUUGGAAUCUUCAUCAAACAUCAAAACACUCCCAUUGUCAAAGCCAACAACCAGAAUCUCACCUACACCCUGCUCAUCUCCCUCCUGCUCUGCUUCCUCUGCUCCUUGCUAUUCAUUGGGCGCCCCCAGUUACUGACCUGCAAUCUACGACAAACUGCCUUUGGUAUCAUCUUCUCAGUGGCUGUUUCUUCUGUUUUGGCUAAAACCCUCACGGUGGUUCUGGCUUUCAUGGCCACCAAACCAGGAUCCAAGAUGAGGAAAUGGGUGGGGACAAGAUUUUCCACCUCUAUUAUUCUCUUUUGCUCAUUUAUCCAAGCAAGUAUUUGUAUGCUAUGGCUGGGUACUGACCAUCCAUUCCCAGAUCUGGACAUGCACUCUCUGCCUGAAGAAGUCAUAGUGGAAUGCAAUGAAGGCUCAGCCAACAUGUUCUACUCUGUUCUUGGUUACAUGGGAUUGCUGGCUCUUGUCAGCUUCAUUGUGGCUUUCUUUGCUCGGAAGCUGCCGGACACUUUUAAUGAAGCCAAAUUUAUCACUUUCAGCAUGUUGGUGUUUUGCAGUGUGUGGCUUUCUUUUGUUCCAUCCUACUUAAGCACCAAAGGGAAGUACAUAGUGGCCGUGGAGAUCUUCUCCAUCUUGGCCUCCAGUGCUGGAAUCUUGGGUUGUAUCUUCUCCCCAAAAUGUUAUAUCAUUGUCUUCAAGCCUGAACUCAACUCAAAAGAGCAGCUAAAAAAGAGAAAUAAGUAACAAUCUAACUAUUAAAAUCAUUAUAGUGGAUAACCUUUUACAUGUUUUAAGGUU